GCUUCACAGGAAUCCCACUUGAUCCCGCUGGUGAUUUGGGCUUGCUUGAAUCUGCAGGAAGAUGUCUUGCUUCUUAGACGGCAUUUCCACCAUCAUCAGCGUCUUUCACAAACAGGCAAAGGAAGAUGGAGACUGCUCCAACCUCAGCCGAAGGAAGAUGAAAGAGUUCAUCCAGAGGGAGUUUGCAGAUGUCAUAGAUAAGCCGCAUGACCCUCAGACAAUUGACAAGAUUCUGAAGUUUCUGGAGUGGGAUGAUGAUGGGAAAAUAGAUUUUAAUGAGUUCCUGCUUCUGGUGUUCGGAGUGGCUAAGGCUUGUUACUGGUACCUGCCAAAGGGACCAUGCCUUCUGCAAAGAACAAAGUUGACAACCACUGGCAAGUCACUCCGAGAGCCAGAUAUUAAGAACAGAGGGAUCAGUCGGCAAUUCCAGGAGGAGGAACAAAAAGCCUCUGAGGGUAAUCAUCAUCCCCCCUGUGAGCUGCAAGAAGACACCAGGAUCAGUGAGCUUGAAACACUAGAGGAAGAGGGGAGUCAUCACCAGCAACGUAACACACAAAGCAGAAAUGAUGCAAAACAACGCACCAAGGAAGGGAGACUGAUCCCUCACGUAUAUGAAGAACGAAGCCAAGAGCCUUGCAACCAACAGAACAGCCAGAGAAGACGUCAGCCACUGGAGCCAGACAGACGAGAAGAUGUACAGCUCAGCCAGCGCAGCAGCUUGCAAGCACAUGAGCCCAGAGUGCAGGAAAAUGAGAGACAAAAUCAAGAGGGCCUUCAAUCAGAACAACUGGAAGACGUGAGGAGUUGCAGCCAGACCUGUGAACCACAACCACUGCCAAACCGGUGGAGUAACCAUCAGCCACACGAGCCAGCACUACCUGCACAUGAUCAAAUAAACCAGAGGCCACAAGAAGAAGAUAGAAGAAGUCAAAAUCAGCCACAUAAACCUGAAUUACUCACAAGACAGAGAAACCGCUACGAUGUACGUGACCUGGAACAAAAAGCACUUGAACGCAGCAGCCACCAGCCACGUGAGCCUGAAUGCCUGGACUCAACACGCCCAUAUCAAUCCUACAUACAGGAACCGCUAGAAAUUAAUCUCAGGAACUAUGAGACCCGUGAGGCAGAAAGAGACAUUUAUGAACAAGAGAAGAACAAGGAAAAUGAGCUUACAUAUCCAGAAAGCAAAAGAGACGUACAUCAUGAACAGAAGCAGGAAGAACGAGAUAAUGCAGGGAGAAAAAAGUCUGUAUAUGAAAGAAGGAUCGAGGACCAGUGGGAGGUGCAGCUGGAAGCCAAUGAGCGCUGCAGCCGCCAGACACGUGAAAGGGAAGAGCGAGGUGUCACCGCCGACCUGAGAGAGACACACGAGAGGCGUGACCCUCUAAUACGCGAGCCCGAAGACGAGGGAAGGAGACAAGGUGAGUCCGUGAGGUUUGAAUGGAUGCAAGACAUGGCAGAAGAAGAAGCAGACACCAAGAUCCACCAGGUGUCCCGGGAACAGGAGAACCAUGACGACAUGGAAAAAAGGGAGCAUCGAACCGUGUCCCGUGAAGUGGAGCCCCGUGAUGAGCUGGAAAGGAAGGAGUGUCUCCAUGAAUGCAAAGAACCAGAGGAUGACAGGAGGACUUGCCGGCAAAGAGAAAGGGAAGAGCCCGUGGUUGACAGGAGGACUGAUCGCCAACGCGAGCUGGACCUGGAGGCCUCCGAGCGCCGCACCCGCCAGACACGUGAAAGGGAAGAACGAGGUGUCACCACCGACCUGAGAGAGACACACGAGAGGCGUGAUCCUCCAACACGUGAGCCCGAAGAUGAGGCAAGGAGACAACGUGAAUCCGUGAGGUUCGAACAGACACGAGUGACGGCAGAGGCAGAAGUAGAAGCAGAUAUCAAGGUCCACCGUGUGUCCAGCGAACGGGAGCCCCAUGAGGAGGUGGAAAGUGGGCAGCGACCACGUGUGUGUGACAAACCGGAGGAUGACAGGAGGACUUGCCGGCAAAGAGAAAGGGAAGAGCCAAUGGAUGACAGGAGGACCGAUCGCCAACGCGAGCUGGACCUGGAGGCCUCCGAGCGCCGCAGCCGCCAGACACGUGAAAGGGAAGAACGAGGUGUCACCACCGACCUGAGAGAGACACGCGAGAGGCGUGAACCUCCAACACGUGAGCCCAAAGAUGAGGGAGGGAGACAAGGUGAGUCCGUGAGGUACGAACGGACACGAGAGAUGGCAGAGGCAGAAGUAGAAGCAGAUAUCAGGGUCCACCGUGUGUCCAGCAAAUGGGAGAACCAUGACGAGGUGGAAAGUGGGCAGCGAUCCCGUGUUUGCGAAGAACCAGAGGAUGACAGGAGGACUUGCCGGCAAAGAGAAAGGGAAGUUCCUCUGCGUGACAGGAGGACCGAUCGCCAACGCAAGCUGGAUCUGGAGGCCUACGAGCGCCGCAGCCGCCAGACACGUGAAAGGGAAGAGCGAGGUGUCACCACCGACCUGAGAGAGACACGCGAGAGGCAUGACCCUCCAACACGCGAGCCCGGAGAUGAGGGAGGAAGACAACGUGAGUCUGUGAGGUAUGAACGGACACGAGAGACAGCAGAGGCAGAAGUAGAUGCAGAUAUCAAGAUACACCGCAUGUCCCAAGAAAAGGAGAACCGUGACGAUGUGGAAAGGAGGGAGCGUCGACCCGUGUUCUGCAAAGAAGAGUCCCGUGAGGAGGUGGGAAGAAGGGAACAUCCCUGUGUGACCAAAGAACCAGAGGAUCAGAGGAAGACUUGCAGCCAAAGAGAUAGGGAAGAGCCGGUGAGCAAUAGGAGGACCCAUCGCCAACGCGAGCUGGACCUGGAGGCCUCCGAGCGCCGCAGCCGCCAGACACGUGAAAGGGAAGAGCGAGGUGUCACCACCGACCUGAGAGAGACACGCGAGAGGCGUGACCCUCCAACACGUGAGCCCGAAGAUGAGGGAGGGAGACAAGGUGAGUCCGUGAGGUACGAACGGACACGAGAGAUGGCAGAGGCAGAAGUAGAAGCAGAUAUCAAGGUCCACCGUGUGUCCCGCAAACGGGAGAACCAUGACGAGGUGGAAAGUGGGCAGCGAUCCCGUGUUUGCGAAGAACCAGAGGAUGACAGGAGGACUUGCCGGCAAGGAGAAAGGGAAAAGCCCAUGGACGACAGGAGGACUGAUCGCCAACGCGAGCUGGAUCUGGAGGCCUACGAGCGCCGCAGCCGCCAGACACGUGAAAGGGAAGAGCGAGGUGUCACCACCGACCUGAGAGAGACACGCGAGAGGCGUGACCCUCCAACACGUGAGCCCGAAGAUGAGGGAAGGAGACAACGUGAAUCCGUGAGAUACGAACGGACACGAGUGACGGCAGAAGCAGCAGCAGACAUUGAGGUCCGCCAUGUGUCCCACAAACUGGAGCCCUGUGAUGAUGAGGAAAGGAGGCAGCAUCCCCGUGUUUGCAAAGAACCAGAGGAUGACAGGAGGACUUGCCGGCAAAUAGAAAGGGAAGAGCCAAUGGACGACAGGAGGACCGAUCGCCAACAGGAUCUGGACCUGGAGGCCUACGAGCGCCGCAGCAGCCAGACACGUGAAAGGGAAGAGCGAGGUGUCACCACCGACCUGAGAGAGACACGCGAGAGGCGUGACCCUCCAACACGCGAGCCCGAAGAUGAGGGAAGGAGACAACGUGAAUCCGUGAGAUUCGAACGGACGCGAGAGACAUCAGAGGCAGAAGCAGAAGCAGAUAUCAAGGUCCACCGCAUGUCCCAAGAAAGGGAGAACCGUGACGAUGUGGAAAGUGGGGAGCGUCGACCCGUGUUCUGCAAAGAAGAGUCCCGUGAGGAGGUGGGAAGAAGGGAACAUCCCUGUGUGUCCAAAGAACCAGAGGAUCAGAGGAAGACUUGCAGCCAAAGAGAUAGGGAAGAGCCCGUGAGCAAUAGGAGGACCCAUCGCCAACGCGAGCUGGACCUGGAGGCCUCCGAGCGCCGCAGCCGCCAGACACGUGAAAGGGAAGAGCGAGGUGUCACCACCGACCUGAGAGAGACACACGAGAGGCGUGACCCUCCAACACGUGAGCCCAAAGAUGAGGGAGGAAGACAACGUGAGUUCAUGAGAUUCGAACGGACACGAGAGAUGGCAGAGACAGAAGUAGAAGCAGAUAUCAAGGUCCACCGUGUGUCCCGCGAACGGGAGAACCGUGACAAGGUGGAAAGGACACAGCGUCCCCGUGUUUGUGAAGAACCAGAGGAUGACAGGAAGACUUGCCGGCAAGGAGAAAGGGAAGUGCCUCUGCGUGACAGGAGGACCGAUCGCCAACGGGAGCUGGACCUGGAGGCCUCCGAGCGCCGCAGCCGCCAGACACGUGAAAGGGAAGAACGAGGUGUCACCACCGACCUGAGAGAGACACACGAGAGGCAUGACCCUCCAACACGCGAGCCCGAAGAUGAGGGAGGAAGACAACGUGAGUCCGUGAGGUUCGAACGGACACGAGAGAUGGCAGAGGCAGAAGCAGAAGCAGAUAUCAAGGUCCACCGCAUGUCCCAAGAAAGGGAGAACCGUGACGAUGUGGAAAGUGGGGAGCGUCGACCCGUGUUCUGCAAAGAAGAGUCCCGUGAGGAGGUGGGAAGAAGGGAACAUCCCUGUGUGUCCAAAGAACCAGAGGAUCAGAGGAAGACUUGCAGCCAAAGAGAUAGGGAAGAGCCCGUGAGCAAUAGGAGGACCCACCGCCAACGCGAGCUGGACCUGGAGGCCUCCGAGCGCCGCAGCCGCCAGACACGUGAAAGGGAAGAGCGAGGUGUCACCACCGACCUGAGAGAGACACGCGAGAGGCGUGAUCCUCCAACACGUGAGCCCAAAGAUGAGGGAGGAAGACAACGUGAGUCCGUGAGAUUCGAACGGACACGAGAGAUGGCAGAGACAGAAGUAGAAGCAGAUAUCAAGGUCCACCGUGUGUCCCGCGAACGGGAGAACCGUGACGAGGUGGAAAGGACACAGCGUCCCCGUGUUUGCGAAGAACCAGAGGAUGACAGGAAGACUUGCCGGCAAGGAGAAAGGGAAGUGCCUCUGCGUGACAGGAGGACCGAUCGCCAACGCGAGCUGGACCUGGAGGCCUCCGAGCGCCGCAGCCGCCAGACAUGUGAAAGGGAAGAGCGAGGUGUCACCACUGACCUGAGAGAGACACGUGAGAGGCAUGACCCUCCAACACGCGAGCCCGAAGAUGAGGGAAGGAGACAACGUGAAUCUGUGAGAUACGAACGGACACGAGUGACGGCAGAAGCAGCAGCAGACAUUGAGGUCCGCCAUGUGUCCCACAAACAGGAGCCCCGUGAUGAUGUGGAAAGGAGGCAGCGUCCCCGUGUGUGCAAAGAACCAGAGGAUGACAGGAGGACUAGCCAGCAAAUAGAAAGGGAAGAGCCAAUGGACGACAGGAGGACUGAUCGUCAACGUGAGCUGGACCUGGAGGCCUACGAGCGCCGCAGCCGCCAGACACGUGAAAGGGAAGAACGAGGUGUCACCACCGACCUGAGAGAGACACCCAAGAGGCAUGACCCUCCAACACACGAGCCCGAAGAUGAGGGAAGGAGACAACGUGAAUCCGUGAGGUUCGAACGGACACGAGUGACGGCAGAGGCAGAAGCAGACAUCAAGGUCCACUGUGAGUCCCGGGAAAGGGAGAAACGUGACGACAUGGAAAGAAGGAAGUGUCGACUCAUGUCCUGUGAAGAAGAGCCCCAUGAGGAGGUGGGAAGAAAGGAGCAUCCCCGUGUGUCCAAAGAACCACAGGAUCAGAGGAAGACUUCCCGGCAAAGAGAAAGGGAAGAGCCCGUGGAUGACAGGAGGACCGAUCGCCAACGCGAGCUGGACCUGGAGGCCUCCGAGCGCCGCAGCCGCCAGACAUGUGAAAGGGAAGAGCGAGGUGUCACCAGCGACCUGAGAGAGACACGCGAGAGGCGUGACCCUCCAACACGUGAGCCCAAAGACGAGGGAAGGAGACAACGUGAAUCCGUGAGGUACGAACGGACACGAGAGAUGGCAGAAGCAGAAGCAGAAGCAGAUAUCAAGGUCCACCGUGUGUCCCGCAAACGGGAGCCCCAUGACGAGGAGCAAAGGGGGCAGCGUCCCCGUGUUUGCGAAGAACCAGAGGAUGACAGGAGGACUUGCCGGCAAAGAGAAAGGGAAGAGCCCGUGGAUGACAGGAGGACCGAUCACCAACACGAGCUGGAUCUGGAGGCCUACGAGCGCCGCAACCGCCAGACACGUGAAAGGGAAGAGCGAGGUGUCACCACCGACCUGAGAGAGACACGCAAGAGGCGUGACCCUCCAACACGUGAGCCCAAAGAUGAGGGAAUGAGACAACGUGAAUCUGUGAGAUUCGAACGGACGCGAGAGACGGCAGAGGCAGAAGCAGAAGCGGAUAUCAAGGUCCACCGUGUGUCCAGCAAACGGGAGAACCAUGACGAGGUGGAAAGUGGGCAGCGAUCCCGUGUUUGCGAAGAACCAGAGGAUGGCAGGAGGACUUGCCGGCGAAGAGAAAGGGAAGAGCCAAUGGAUGACAGGAGGACCGAUUGCCAACGCGAGCUGGAUCUGGAGGCCUACGAGCGCCGCAGCCGCCAGACACGCGAAAGGGAAGAGCGAGGUGCCACCACCGACCUGAGAGAGACACGCGAGAGGCGUGACCCUCCAACACGUGAGCCCAAAGAUGAGGGAAGGAGACAACGUGAGUCCGUGAGGUUCGAACGGACGCAAGAGUCAGCAGAGGCAGAAGGAGACAUCAACGUCCACCGUGUGUCCCAUGAAAGGGAGCCCCGUGACGACGUGGUAAGGAGGGAGUGUCAACCCAUGUCCUGUGAAGAGGAGCCCCAUGAUGAUGUGGAAAGGAGGGAGCAUCCCCGUGAGUGCGAAGAAUCAGAGGAUGAGAAGAAGACUUUCCAGGGAAGAGACAGGGAAGAGCCUGUGUGCAACGGCAGGACCGAUCGCCAACGCGAGCUGGAGGUGUAUGAGCGCUGCAGCCGCCAUACACAGAAGAGUGGACAACAAGUUGCCAUGGGAUCCGAUGAAGGGACCUGCAGGAGCAGCAUCCUCCAGAGACUCGAAGAUCAGGAGUUAGAGAUUCUGCACAGUCAUCAUGGAAGUGAACUACAUCCUGAUGCCCGUGAGAAUAUUCCGAGCGAUCCCUCAGACGAUCAAGAAAGGAGUAUCCAUCAGCUUUUACAUGAGGAAGAAGCACUUGAGGAAAACACAUGCCGGUCACGUGAGGAUGAAAGACUAAGGCAUAAGAAAAGCCUCUACCAAACGGUUGAGGUAGACAACAGAGACCUCUUCCCUGCAGGCCAGCAGGCAUCUGUCACCGACAUGAGGGUCCGUUACAUCCCUGCUGAGCCUAAUGUACCCCCAGAAGUACAGGUCCUCCCUGAGGCUUGUAAACCUCAGACCAUUGCGUACUUAAUCCAUGUGAUCCAGAAUCUGAAUGAUCCUGAAGCUACCACCUACAAGAUCAUCUGCCACCAGGCCAAUGACCUGGGACAGCCUGUCUAUGUGAAGAAGUGCUGUGUGUCACCCCAGCCACCAGCAGUCCCGUGUGACAAGAGCAACCACCCAGAUCCACGACCCCAAAAUGACAAGCGAGAAACAAGGGAGUCCAAACUGCCACGGCAAGGGGGAACACCAGCUUCUAGCUCCCAGGAGAACACAGGAAUCCUCAAUGAGCCCCAGGAGAGGUCUGAAAUGGGAGUGAGGGACAGGUCUCACCAGGCUUCUGCCUCUGAGCCAGAUGGUGUUAAGGGUAACGCUUGCCAGGCAAAGCUCAAGGAGGACAGGAGGGACAGCCAGCACCCCAAGAUGCCUGAUGUACAAGAGAAUGAGCAUCAGCCCGGGGGAGAUGGAUCAAAAGCUGCCAGGGAGCAGGUCCUUUCGGAGCCCAAGUCCAGCUGCCAGUUGAGAGAGCGUGAGGACAGGGAGGCCAGGAGCUGCCCACCUCUGCCCCAGGCUCCAGAACCACGGGACGCUUGCGAGCCAUGCCAGCAAGCCACCAAAGAGAACCAUCCCCAGACACCCCGGAGAGAUGAAACCAUCCGCUGCCGUGAGGAUGCAAAGCUUCCCCCACCAGAGGAGAGCCGCCAGCCACGGCAGGAGAACAGCAAGAGGAGCCCCCGGCCAGUGCGCGAUGCCCAGCCUCAACGGGAGGAGGAACCACGUCUUUGCACCAAGCAGAGCCAGGGCCCCCCCCUCUCACAGGAGGAACCGAGCUGUCCUGCCGGGGAUGAAGCCAAGACAUCUUAAGGGGAAGUCCUCUCCCUGGAGCUGAUGGGGCUUCUCUAAACCUCUUUGAGGAUCACUUCUGCUCUCUGCUUUCAGCUUAGGAUGUCACCGUGUGGUGGCACAGAAGUGUUUGACACAAAAGGGUUAAUGAGGUGCUCUGAGAGGGUGUCAAGUGGGUUUCGGGGGUUUCCCAUGUAACAAAUCCUCAGCAGCUAGGUAGGCAGAGAGUUACUGCAGGAUCUG